CAGAAAUAAACCAUAAAUACCCCACUGGCCUCCACCGAUUGCUCGCCAGGCCUCUACACCCACACACCCUCACACUGAGACAGACCAAAAAGAAAGACAAGAAAAAGGAAAGACUGGGAGAUUGGCUUGACCGAGGUGCAGUGAAACACAAGCCAUCCAGCACUAAACUAAGGAAAAUGACAGAACAAGGAACCCCAGACCAGUUCCCUGCAGAGAAGGGCCAAGGAGGAGCUGGAGCCUCAUAUAAGUUGACAGUUUUUGAGUUUGAGAACUUUCGUGGAAAGAAAGUGGAAUUGUCUGGUGAAUGUAAAGAUGUGCUGGAGAAGACCCAAAGAGUUGGCUCUGUCAUCGUGGAAUCUGGACCUUGGGUGGGUUUCGAGCAUCCAAGUUUUACAGGAGAGAAGUUUGUUUUGGAGAAGGGGGAGUAUCCCCGCUGGAGCACCUGGACCAACUGCCAAAGUCACUUCUGUCUGAGCUCCUUCAGGCCUCUGAAAGUGGACAAUGCCGAUCACAAGCUGCACCUGUUUGAGAACGCAGGCUUUGAAGGAAGGAAGAUGGAGAUUGUCGACGAUGAUGUUCCCAGUCUGUGGGCUUACGGUUUCCAGGAUCGUGUGGCAAGUGUUAAGGCCAUCAACGGCACGUGGGUGGGCUACAUGUAUCCAGGCUACAGAGGGCGCCAGUAUGUGUUUGAACAUGGAGACUUUAAGCACUGGAACGAUUGGGGAGCCACUGCGCCUCAGAUCCAGUCCGUCCGACGUGUGCGGGACAUGCAGUGGCAUAAGAGGGGGUGCUUCAUUGCGCCCACACCUAAUCCCAACCCCAAUCCUACUCCUAACCCCACUCCCAUCCCAAAACCUUCUCCUAACCCAAAAUCGCAAACCCAGCCUUAACCCUCGAAGGAAACACCUCCGGCACCUCCUAACAGCUCCUGGGACAAGCUGAAGGCAGUCAACCAGCCCUCGGUCUGUCCUACAUACCCACUGUUUUACAAAUUACUUGAAUUUACAAGGAUGAAGCAUGCAUCAGUGACUAAAAAUAAAGGUUUUGGCCCCAA